AUGGAGCAGCAAGGCUACGAAGAAGACCUCUUACGAAGAUGGUUCCAACAAGACGCGGAAGGGCCCGCUAAGCACCUCACGGAGGCCGACAUAUGCGACAUCGCGGAGGUCUUGACGCGCAGCUCGAAAGAUGCGUGGAGUCGCAUUCCAAGGAUCUACAGUAUCCUGAGAAAGAUUGGACAGCUGGACGCAAUCGACGCCUUCAUUGACGAUGGAUUCACAGACGUGUCUUUCCCCUUCUCGGGGACCACCUUACCCGAAGCACUACGCGAUCACUCCGCACGACUCAACUUCCUCGAGCUGCAGCAUCUCGUCUACGAUAACGAAGCGCUCGACCUUGAACGGCACGCACGCCACGGCCACUUCAGCGACCCGAAAGACGUGCCGUUGAAGAAGGUCGGUGAACUAGGGAAAGGUGGUUUUGGAUACGUUGAUCGGGUUGUCAGCACCAUCAGUCAUAAGGAAUACGCGCGAAAACUCAUAUCGAGAGGAAGAACUUUCCGGAAGGACAAGCAGGUCUUGCGCGCUUUCACCAAGGAGUUGUCGAAUCUCAAAGGCCUAUCGCAUAGACAUCUUGUCAAACUCGCCGGUAGCUACACCGAUAAAAAGUUCGUCGCCAUCAUUAUGCUUCCUGUUGCAGACAUGAAUUUGCAGACGUUUUUGGAGAACACUAAUCUCGACGACACCUCUCGGUCUUUCCUGAGGCCCUUUUUCGGUUGCCUCACAUCAGCGCUUUCGUAUCUGCACGACAAUCGUAUACGUCAUAAAGAUAUCAAACCAUCAAAUGUUCUCAUCAAGCAUGACCAGGUCUACUUGACAGACUUCGGUACGUCACUGGAUUGGUCUGGAUGUGACAACAGUACCACGGUCACGGCUCCACCGACGACACCGCGCUAUUGCGCACCAGAGGUGAUGGCCUUUGUGGAACGCAAUACAUCAUCCGAUAUAUGGUCCCUCGGUUGUGUUUUCUUGGAGAUGUGGACAGUUCUAAAGCGUUGCACUCUCGACGAAUUGAAGGCACACAUGUCGGACAACGGAACUCACGUCAAAGAGUAUCAUCACAACCUCGAGGCUAUUGCGAUUUGGAUUCAGAUACUUGAGAAUGCAGCAGGGCCAUCAUGCGAUUUGGUGCCGUCGGGGUGGAUACAAAAUAUGCUCCAGCACAAGCCAAGAUCUCGGUGGAAUUGCCACAUCCUUGCCAACCAUAUCCACGAAGCGAGUAUAGACCCUUCUUUAGAGUAUACCUUCAAGGGUUUAUGCUGCCUUGAGCCAGAGGACGGCACUACCGAUGAGACCGAAUCUUCCGAUGGAUAUUCGGAAGCUGGAUUCAUCACACCGUCGCUACCUUCUAUCGAACGAGAGGAUUCCGAGCAGGUCGUAGAGUCCGCAGCAUCACCUGAAACCCAGAUUGAGAACUUAGUGAGUGACGAAACCGCUAAACCUGCUGAACUGUUGUCGCGAGUCCAGCUCGAUGUGCCAAUUCCCCGUAUAUCAGUCAACGACUGCUCUGCUCCUCCUGGAGCGUUUGUCGAAGAUGAGAGCGAUUCUUUAGCACGUGAGCUGUAUGACCCUUCAACACCAAGAAAGGCUACGGUAGACUCAGAAGAAGCUGACGCUGAACACGACGAUGCAAUAAGAACUACCCAGCGGUUCUUCUUCCCCGAGAAGCUCCAGCACAGUUUCAUGGUGCUGGGAUGA